AAUUUCAUAGGUAAAUGUCGUCUGUAUUAUAAUGUACAUGAUCCUUUAAAAAAGUUUGCUCAUUGUACUCUUAUGAUUUACACAGAUUAUUUCUUUACUGUUAUAUUCAAUAAUUUUAUAUUUUCAAAACAAACAGAAAGUUGAUUUAAUUUAUGAUUUAUCCUUUAAUGAAGAAUUUGAUUAUUGACUGCUAGACAUUAAUCUCGUUCUAAUUGCAUUAUCGUCCUGAAUUUGUAUAGACAUGUAAAAGGUUAUGUCCGUCCAGCGUUGAUAGUGCUUUUCUAUCGGCAAAAUGUUAGAAAUGUAUUACUACAUAAAUAUGAUUAAUAUGUUGAUUAUUAAAAUAUGGAUUAUAAAAACUAUAUUAAUACGUAUCCGCUAGGGGAUAACUGACACCAAAUUAGAUUAUUUGUAAAUUAUAAAUGGUGUUAUCUUCAUUAGUUACUAUAGCAAAUUUCGGGAUAUUUCCAAAGCUAUCGGUUUUGCCGUAACGACUGUUAGAAUAGAAAUUCAUUGUUAAUUACUAUCCUACAAACUUUUCUAACAUUUUGAGAAGUUUGCUGCAAGAGAAAAACAAUCGUUCAUUACAACUUGUGACGUUUUUAUUGCUUGAAACUUGGAACAAUUCUCAUACAUCCUGCCAUUCAGAAUAUUCUAUCAUACAGUUCUUCGUGUAUUUAUUUAUCGAUAAUUUGACGUAAGAACCAUACAAAAAAAAUUCCGAUGCAACUUCUUUAAGUGGGAAGAAAGAAAAAACAAUGUUCAAUAGUUCGUCGGACAAUGUAGAUAAUUUAGUGCACAGGUUUGUGCAAAAUUUGGGUGUUAAAAUUGAGCCUGUUGGCUGUAACAAAGCAGAGAGAAUCAAGUAUAUCAAAUACGUAGACAAAGCAAGAAAGAUGAAACGUGAAUUACUACGAAUUAGCGAAAAGACUCAUGACAUGUUGACGCAAGGAAGUUUAGAUUUUUCGGACGUUCAUAGUAUACAGUCGUUCAUGGAGAAGCGUACCAAUCUUUUCGAUAAGUUUUAUAUGAAAAGCACACCACUUUUGGCGCCCCACUUGAGGAAUAUCAAUAAGAAAAUUACGCAGAGUGUGACAAAUGUAAAAUCUGAGAACGAGAGAAAGUUAAGAAGACGAGAAUCCAUUAAAGUUCCAAAAUGUACGAAUAAUAAGGAGUCAACGAGUCGCAAGUGUAAAACGGAAAUAGCUGAUAGUACUCGUGAUCGAUCUUCAGCAUUUGGAAAAAGUUUUUCUUGUUCUGCUUUGAAAAAAGGAGACUAUUCCAAUAGAGCCAAUUCUUUGAAAUGUCAAUCCGAAGUUAAGACUAUCUCAAAAACAUCCAAGAUUCCAGUCAUUAAAUCGAAAGGAACUUACAGUUCUUGUGAUGCUUUGCCAGACAAAGAGAAUAAACGAAUUCCUGACAAGGAUUACGUUGAUCAAAAUACUAAGAGUACAAAUUUAUGGUGGAUUCAUAAAAAGAAGGAGAAUAUUGAUUCCUGUAAUUUAAAAGCUGGUAUAGUAAGAUACACACAGAGGCAAACAGAAUUAAAUAGAAGAUACUUGGAGCUUCAAAUAAAGGAUACAGAUUUUAUAAAUCAACACGUGCGAAUUACACUUCAUAUUGCGAUUAAGAAAGUAGACACUAGGAACUUUCAAAUGACGGAUUCAAGAUAUCACAAAGUUCUCAUGCUCUGCAAAGAAGCUAUAUUGUCUCUGAUCGAACCAAGUAACAAAGCUUUUGUAGUGUACGAAGACAAUCUACCGGCACUCAUUAAGAAUCAUUUAACACGCGGAUAUAGAUAUCAUUUUACAACUUCCAGCGCAUCCGAGGAUUAUUAUUCAGCACUAUUGAUAUUAAGUCACUGGGCUGAAAUCUUAGUGAGGCAUCCGAAUACAACUUUGAUGCGGACCAUCAGCUACGCUCUUGGUUGCAGUCUACAGAGAAUACUUGUAUUAUCCUGCCCAGAAGAUACAUCUUAAGAACUGAUAGGAUUUUGCGAUUCUUCUGCAAAAUUUAAAACAUGGUGAGUGACGAGGUGACGGAGACUAACAAGAAGCCACCGCCAAUCUUCAAGAAUCCGACAUUUCAGCAGAAAUUUCGUCCAAUUAGCAGUUCAGGAAAGAAAAGGACCUGGCGAUCCUUGAAACAAGUGUUAGCGCAGGAGCGUUCUUUACCAUGGCCAUCUGAAGUUGUUCAUUAUAGUUCCAUCAAUGCACCUCCCAGCUUCAAACCCGCGAAGAAAUAUUCUGAUAUAUCUGGUUUGCCGGCAAGAUACACAGAUCCCCAGAGUAAAUUAUAUUAUGCGUCCACUGAAGAAUUUGCUACUGUUCGAAGUUUGCCGAUGGAUAUCACCGCUGGAUAUUUAGCACUGCGUGGUGCUUCUAGCAUUGUCGGUUAAUAAUCUCUAUACACGCAACAACGUUGUGUAGGAAAUCCCGUAACUAUUUGCAAUGAAGCUAAAAUGGUCAAAAUUGAAUGGCAAAUGUACAAGCUGUAACAAGAGAUGACAUUCAAUCAGACAUUUUGUGUCUGCUUUUGCAACAUGUUUUUACCGCUCAGAGUUACGACUCUCUCUGUUUUGGAAAAAUCAGAUUGUUGUGGAGUUAAAUAAUUGUAAAUCACUUUUCGAAUUGAUUGAAAUACAUCAUUAAAAGUUCAUGAA